AUUCUUUUUGGCAUUUGACUAAUUUUUGAGUUUUGAGUUUGAUCACAACAAUACAAAAUUUUUGUUUUAAACGCGAUAACAAUUUUUCCACAUUAACAGCAGGAAUUUAAAUAAACAUCGAUUUUGUUAAGAAAUGAAGCGUAAAAGGUUUCAGAAAAAACAGUGCGUCGAUCUUGUGCAACUAAUAAAGAACAGACCGAGAAAUACGCCAUACAGUCUUCAAAAUGCCAGCUGCUCGAGACGAAACUUGAACAGAAAUUUUUCUGUAGGGAACUUUGCCUGUACAAGUCUCCACGAUUCAGGUCGCCGCCACAAAUAUCAGUGUUUUUUACCAAAGAGACUCCAGCAGUCGGCACAUACACAAAUUUUUCAGAAUGUCCAUAGAUCAUCAUUUUUUAAUGCAUCUAAUUCCGAGUCAAGGAAUAAUAGCGGUUACAGUAACUCUGAGGACCAUAGCCUAAAGAGAACAUCUUCCAAUCCAGAGAUUGGUGGACCAAACAAUAAUUCACAAUUCACUCUGUUGUCAUAUGAACUAAUUAAUAACUUUAUUCUAAAUGAAGAUGAAAACCAACUUAACCAAUCAUCUGAUCCCGAUUACGUAGGGAAGUUGAAUGAAUUAAUACCUCCGGUGGAGAGUAAUAUAGAAGUCCCGUCUCAAUAUUCAGCAGAUGCAUUAGAUUUUUCUAAUGCCAACGAAACUGGUGGCAUUCAUUCUUCGAGUGAGGAGUCGCCUCUACAACAAGAAACUACGACGUCAAUUGUAGAACGAACUGUUAGCAGACAAGUCUUAAAUGACGAAGAAGCAGGCGGUGAUGGUCCCCACAAUAAUUCCAUCAUUGAAAUCGAGAUAACGUUGCAGUCUAGUAAUGAAACAAAUUCGGUAGAGGAAGAUGGUCGGGAUGACAAUGAAGAUGACAAUGAGGGCCGCGAAGAAUAAGAUGUGCCUGUGCAAUACUAACGAUAAAUUUUGCAUAAAACUUAUUGAAUUUUAGGGCGCUUACAACUCUAAUAUUCAAAUAAAUUUGAGCUGUAUAUUUUAGAAUCUGUAGUGCAUUGAAAACUUUCAAA